AUGGACACGGUGGUAGACCGCACGUUUUCGGCCGUAUUCACGGUACUGGAAACUUUGUCUCUGGUGAGACUAGGAGGGAAGGGAGACGGCAAACCGAAGCUAAACGUGACCGUUCAUUCCGCGAAACACGUCCCCAGUCACGGAAAAGUGUUCGUCAGCAUGAAACACGGCGAGGAAAAGUGGAGAACCCGGACCAAGAAAUCAGGGAACCACGUCUGGGACGAGACGGCGGAAUUCUCUCCAGCUAGCCCGACAGAAAACGACGACGUCGUUCUUCUGAAAAUAAAGAAAGUUCGGCGGUGCAGGGAGAAGACGCUGGGAACUGUUCGUGUCGACGUUCCCCAGGCACUCUGGACUAACGGACACCUGCCAGCGAAGAGAUGGUACGGAGUGGAGGUGGAGAAAAACACAGGAUUCCAGGAGAAACCAUUUCUUCAGGUGUCUGUGACACUCGACAAUGAACCCACAAAGCACGACCAAACCGAGUCCUUGAGACCGGAAGCGUCGACUGCGCCAGCGAAGGCUCAAGAAUCCACGGAUGACUACAAGAAGCGCGAAGCCGCUCUGAUUGAGGUGUUCAGUGCGAUUGAGCGGGAAGCAUCCGGCCGCAACAACAACACGAAACGGUCGUCAGCAGAAUCGGGUUCUUUCGAAGCAUCGAAUCGUACAACAGACGCGACCGCCUCCAAGGAAAAUGGCGAGCGUCCGAGCUUCUCAACACGCUGUCGUCAGCUGCUUCAAAACGUGAUCAAAAAGAGGAAACCACAAAGCAAGAAGAAUGAGGCACCAUCAGUGUCCAAAGAGUCGGGAAACAGCCAUCCAACAGAUGACUCGACUCUUCUUCAGCCUGAAGACGACGUCUCGGCCGCGGGCGAGCCAAAUUACCGCGACGUUGUCAUGUCGAGUAUCGACGCACUGUGGGAUGACCUGUUGGCGAAGAAAUCGUACAUUUUGGAGAUCCUCUCGUACACAGACUCUCUCCGGGCAAAGCUGGCCAGUGUGGCUCCCUACGUCAUGGACUACAUCAGGGGUCUGGCCGAGAAAGUGCCGGAGACCGUGUCUUACGACCUCCCCGACAGAGUUGGUAAAAGUCUGGAGGAACUGAAAGAAAUCGAGAAGACGCUGAUGGUUCUGGUGGAGCGAGAAGACAAGCGGUCCGUGUUCGUGAAGACGCGAUAUUUAGAGGAGAUCUCGAGGAUCGCCAUAGAAGAAGCUCCACAGGUGCUGGAGGCUGGACCAUGA